UCCGUACUGACCCGCUGUGCACAGGAGGAGGCGGAGGGCGCCGCCAUGGUGUCCAAGAUCCUGAAGCUGGCGGCGGUUCCGGCCGGGCUGCUCGCCUCCUCUUACGGCCUCUAUGCUGUGUCUGAACGUGAAGCAAAAGGCGAUCGUGUGAACCCCCGGCAGUUGUCAGUUUACAUUGUUCCCCUCCAAGAAUUGAGGUUCAUUGAGGCGCAGCCGGGUCGCGUGCAGUGCGCCUUCUCUGCUGCGAGAAAAGCCGUGUGGCCGGCCGUCACCUGGACUCGGAAUGCCUGCAUCUCCAUCAGGAAUGGAGUGGAAGAAACCGUACAGUUUGGGAGAGAUAGUUACCUCUAUCUGAAGAACCCGCCCCCCGAAUUUCUGCCACGAGUGGGGAUCAUUUCAGUCAGUGGACUGGCCGGCUUGGUUUUAGCCAGAAAAGGCUCCAGACUGAAGAAGGUCGCUUACCCGCUGGGUCUGGGCGCCCUCGGCGCGUCCAUCUGUUAUCCGGCACAAACAGUCAUUUUUGCCAAGGUCACCGGUAAGAAGUUAUACAGCGCAGGUCAUCGGACGUACGACGCCGUGAGCUCGUUAUGGAAAACGAAGCCUCAGAAAGACAGAGCGAUUCCUGCCCCAUCAACAGAAGCAAAGGAGGCUGUGAGAGAAGAGGACGGUGCAGCAGAGACGUCACAUGCAGGACCCAGUGCAGAAGAGGCGCAGGAACCGCCCGCCUCGCCUGAGCCUCCUAACAGAUCCUCUGCAGACCCAGGAGAACCCAGCACCACAAGUGUCCCCACAGAGCAGCCAAGUGACGUGAAGUUCCGGCCUCCACCAGAACUUGUGGACCACGGGCAGUCCAACCCAGAGGAUGUGGAUCUGUACAGCACCAGAACCUGAGAGACUGCACAUCUGAUGAGGGCGUGGCCCUGGAUCCUGUGUGUGAUAAGGAUGUGGCCCCCAGAUCCCAUCUAUGAUGAGGCCCCACAGCUUCUCUGGGAUUUUCUCUAACCCUUCUUACUCAAGUGCUUUACUUUUGAUAAAAUAAAUCGGAGAUUUCCCAC